AAAUGAGCAAGACGUGUGUGUCGCCUGAAUUACGUUGACUGCUAAACAUCGCAUCUCGGACUUCCUGUGGUUUUGCUGAACUGGGCACAUACGAAUUUUACAUUCGCAAAAGUACCUAGCCCAUUUUAAUCUCCAUCGAUUUAAUGUCUUAAUCAAAACCAACGUACGUGUCCUAGACUACACCUCGACGUAGUUAGUCUGAAAGAAGUCAUCAAAAAUGUCCGAAGCCACAGUGGCCGAUACUCGCCGGUUAAACUCCAAACCGCAGGACCUGACGGACGCUUAUGGACCCCCCAGCAACUUUCUGGAAAUCGACGUGUACGACCCUCAGACUAUAGGCGUCGGCCGCAAUCGGUUCACCACUUAUGAAGUCCGGAUGAGGACAAAUCUUCCCAUUUUUAAAAUGAAAGAUUCUUGUGUAAGACGAAGAUACAGUGACUUCGAGUGGCUGAAGAAUGAACUGGAACGAGACAGCAAGAUUGUUGUGCCUCCUUUGCCUGGUAAGGCAUUGAAGAGACAGCUCCCCUUCCGUGGAGAUGAGGGUAUUUUUGAAGAGUCCUUCAUUGAGGAGAGGCGAGCUGGCCUUGAACAAUUUAUCAACAGAAUUGCAGGUCAUCCUUUGGCCCAGAACGAACGCUGUCUUCACAUGUUCUUGCAGGAUGAAAGUAUUGACCGGAACUACAUUCCCGGAAAAGUGUGAGUGAAGUAAGGUAAGUUGGCUGCCUGCAAAAGUGAUAUCAAAUACAUGAAGUUACUUGUUGUUAUCAUUGUCCAAACAAGUUGUUCUCUUUUGUUCUAAAUAAAUUGGUUAAAAUAGGAGCUAAAAUCACAAUAAACCAAGGCAGUAUUGUUUUACACAAUGUUGAAUUAUUAAAUGUGGUAUACUUAAAGGUGAACUCAGUAAUUUUUUCCAGAUUUAAAAAGUUUUACUCCACAUGAAAUGAAAAAUAAUUUUGAAACAUGUAUAAAUUCACAACCAAUCACAUGAGAUGAAGACUCUCAUCAGUGACCUUAUAAAAGCUGCUUUAUUCCUCAUGGGGGCUGCCAAGUUAGAAUCACAUGACCAUCCAAAUACUACUCGUUUAAUGUCAGUAAACGCCCUGUUAUUGGACACUUUCACUCAUUGAUUAAAUGAAUCAUGGCUGACUGUGAGCAGUGAAUUUCUACAGUGGCAUAUGUAACUGAAAACUGUUGUGUUAGUAUGAUGCAGCAUCCAAGCCGCUAGGUGUCAUUGUAAGUCCAAUAUGACAUAUUUAGAAAAAUUACUGCGUGCACCUUUAAAAGGAAAUACGCUCUGCCAUUGUAAGAUCUCUAAUAGUUUUGCUCCUUGGCCUGUAAUCCAAAGGUUGCUGUAAGCCCCCCUCCCUGUCCAGGACCUUUCUGCUCUACCAGCUCUUUUCUGCACAUCAAUCAGAGCUUAUCAUGGCUGCUCUCCAUAAUAUCUUGUAUAUAUUUUUUUCUCAAAUAGAGCUAGACUAUAACACUUAUUUCACCCUGAAGAUAAACUCAUAUGUAUGCUGUAUUUAUACCUCACACACUCAGUUGCUUUGGGAAGAAGUACAGUAUGCUUUGUGCUGAUCUUUAAACAAAAAUUAAAAAUGUUCCCAUUUGUGCUUAAAUCUGGUUGAAAGUACUGGCUUAAACUUCAACAACCUACCCAUUUUCCUAAUUAAUAAAUAAGUAGAAGACAGUCAGGUUAGUAUGGUAUUCCAUACUACACAUUGUAAUGGGCAUUCUUAAUAAGUUCAACUGUAUACACAUAGACCUCAUACUGAAAAUGCUACGAGAAGUUAUAGACUAUAAUUGGAAUUAAAGUUGCAAUCUACAAAGACAAUUGACCUCAACAUCUUCAAAUCUUUAGUGCGUUUGUUGAAUAGUGAUACGGUACGGCUCCAAGAUUAUACUAACUAAAAAUGUAGCAUUUCAGACAGAACUGAAACAAGGGUUGCCCAUUGACAAUGUCUUCCUUUAUCACAUUCCAUGUUUCAUUAGUAUUCUUUAAAAUUAUGAAAUAUGUGUUACAAAGCUUUUGAAACCAUUUUAAAUUGUUUUUCCUUUUGUUUAGUGUCAGUGUAACAAGUCAGGCUUUGGGAAUGUACAUAUUCAAUCACUGUGAAAAACUGAAUUUCAUUAUGACAAAAUGUGUCACAUUGUUACAUUUAUAUAAGCCCUCUUUUGAAAAAAAAUAGUCAUGUUCUAUCUCUUUUUAUUAUACUUUCUGUAUGUGUAAAUAAAAUGGCUCUAUUUGAUUUUUAACAGAUAGCCGUCAUUUCUGCCCAUUAAUAAACCUCCGCUGUCUCCUGUA